AUGGUGCCCUUGCUGCUGCUGCUGCCCCUGCUCUUCGGGGGUGAGUGGGGGGGGUGGGGAACAGGGCUCUCGGCUGGAGGAGGGGGUCAAGCGUGGGGAGGGGCUGGAGCUCCCGCUGAGCCUCUGUGUCCCCCAGGGUCCCUGCAGGAGCUUCCAGGGUACGAGCUCCGAGUGCAGGAAUCAGUGGCGGUGCAGGCGUGCAUGGACGUCCUCGUGCCCUGCUCCUUCUCCUAUCCCUGGCCUCCGAGAUAUCCCUCGUAUUCCUCUGACGAACUCUUCAUCUACUGGUUCCGGGAAAGAGACCGCCAAUACGAUGAUGUUGUGGCCACAAACGACCGAAAGAAACGAGUGAAGUCAGAGACCCAGGGCCGAUUCCGCCUCCUCGGGGACCCCAGGGACAACGACUGCUCCCUGAGCAUCCAAGAGGCCAGGCUGACCGACUCAGGAGUCUACUACUUGCGAGUGGAGAGAGGACUUAAUGUGAGAUACAGUUACAAAGAGAAGAAGCUGAAUUUGCAGGUGACAGAGAAACCCAACAUCCAGUUCCUGGAGCCUCUGGAGUCCGGCCGCCGCACACCUCUGACCUGCAGCCUGUCGCUAGCCUGUGAUCGGCCACACCCUCUCCUGUUCUCCUGGGCGGGGGACACCCUUGAUGCCAUGAAACCAGAUACCCUCCACUCCUCGGAGAUCACCCUCACCCCGAGGCCCCAGGACCAUGGCACCAACCUCACCUGUCGGGUGACACUCCAAGAAUCGCAGGUGACCUUGGAGAGAACCGUCCAGCUCAACGUCUCCUCAAGCCCAUGUCUUUCUGCCCCAGAUGCUCCAAGGAACCUCCGCAUCAGCCUCCCCUUCAGAAACGUCACAGCCCUCAAGAUUCUGCAGAACGCCUCAUCUAUUCUCAUCUCAGAGGGCCAGGCACUGCAGCUGCUGUGUGUUGCUGACAGCAACCCCCCUGCACAACUGAGCUGGUUCCAAGUGUCUCCCACCCUGGAGGCCGCCCCCAUCUCCAGCACCGGGGUCCUGGAGCUGCCGUAUUCAGAAACUACAGAAGCAGAGCUCAGCUGCCGGGCUCAGAACCUGCUGGGCUCCCAAAAUUCCUCCCUGAGCCUCUUCGUGUUCUAUGCUCCACAGCACGUGGCCAUCAGCAUCUUUCAAGGAAACAGGACAGCCCUCAAGAUUCUGCAGAACACCUCGUUCCUUCCCGUCCAGGAGGGCCAGGCGCUGCAGCUGCUCUGUGUUGCUGACAGCAACCCCCCUGCACAGCUGAGCUGGUUCCGGGGGUCUCCCGCCCUGGAGGCCACCCCCAUCUCGAGCACCGGGGUCCUGGAGCUGCCUUGUGUAGGGGCAGCAGAAGAAGGAGAGUUCACCUGCCAGGCUCAGAACCCACUGGGCUCCCAAAAUAUCUCCCUGAGCCUCUUCGUGGUCUCACCCCCGCAGCUGCUGGGCCCCUCCUGCUCCCAGGAGGACGAGGGUCUGCGCUGCAGCUGCUCCUCCCGAGCCUGGCCGGCCCCCUCCCUGCGCUGGCGGCUGGGCGAGGGGCUGCUGGAGGAGAACUUCAGUAACGCCUCCCUCGAGGUCAGCUCCAGCUCCGCCAGGCCCUGGGCCAACAGCUCCCUGAGCCUCCGCGAGGGGCUCAGCUCCGGCCUGAGCCUCAGCUGUGAGGCCCUGAACGUCCACGGGGCCCAGAGAGGGUCUGUCCUGCUGCUGCCAGACAUGCUGCUACUGCCGCUGCUGGUGGCCCUGCUCUGGCGGAGGGAGGGAGCCGAGGGCCAGAUGGGGCCUGAGGAGAACUACAAGCUGCAGGUGCCGGAGCUGGUGACGGUGGAGGAGGGCCUGUGUGUCCUCGUGCCCUGCUCCUUCUCCUACCCCUGGGAUGUCUGGGCCAUUUUUACCUCAACUCUGGGCUACUGGUUUCGGGAAGGGGCGGCGACAUCCAAGGAUGCUCCUGUGGCCACAAACAACCCAGACAGAGAAGUGCAGGAGGAGACCCAGGGACGAUUCCAUCUCCUCGGGGACACCCAGGCCUACAACUGCUCCUUGGAGAUCAGAGACACCAAGAGGAGGGACAAUGGUUCAUACUUUUUUCGGAUGGAACGAGGAAGUGUGAAGAACAAUUUUAUGUCUAACCAGCUCUCUUUGCAUGUGACAGCCCUCACCCACACACCUGACAUCCUCAUUUCGGGGACCUUGGUGUCUGGCCGCCCCGGGAACCUGACCUGCUCUGUGCCCUGGGCCUGUGAGCGGGGCACGCCCCCCAUCUUCUCCUGGAAGGGGGCCACCGUCUCUUCCCAUGUUCUCACGACAAGUCUCUCAUCGGUGCUCACCCUGACUCCACGACCCCAGGACCACGGCACCAAGCUCACCUGUCAGGUGACCUUGCCUGGAGCUGAAGUGACCACAGCGAGGGUCGUCCGCCUCAACGUGUCCUACCCUCCACAGAACUUGACUGUGACUGUCUUCCAAGGAAACAACACAGCAUCCAAAGCCCAGGAAAACGGAUCCUCUCUUUCAGUCUCGGAGGGCCAGUCCCUGCGCCUGGUCUGCGUCGUCGACAGCAACCCCCCCGCCAGGAUCAGCUGGGCCCGGGGGAGCCUGACCCUCCGCGCCUCACCGCCCAGCCGCCCGGAGGUGCUGGAGCUGCCGCGGGUGCUCAUGGGAGACGAAGGGGAGUUCACCUGCCGCGCUCAGCACGCCCUGGGCUCCCAGCACGUCUCCCUGAGGCUCUCGCUGCACAGGCGGUCAGCGCGGCCGGCAGAGGCGGUCCUGGUAGCCAUCUGGGAAGCGGCUGUCAAGACUCUGCUCCUCCUCCUCUGUCUCCUGGGCCUCCUAGUGAGGCGCUGCACAAGGAAGUCAGCCAGGUCGGCAGGGGGCGUGUCAGAGGCAAAGGAAACCCCGUCUUUAACCCCUCAGGUCCUAACUGUUGCUUCUUGA